UGACAGAUGAGAGUGCGCUUGCGCAAUGAAAAUGGAAUCAAAACAAGCAGGACUGAUAAUUUUCUCAUUUUUAUUAUUAUGCAAGACCGUGGCAAGUUUUUUGGACAUGGAAGAGCUAAAAAAUAUAAAUUAUGGCAUAGAUAUACUAAAUAAACCCGUUUUAUUGUCAACACAGGAUACAGAUAAACUCAGUGAAACCAUUGAUGUUACAUCAAAGCAUGGUCAGGUGUAUCGCUGUACUAUCCCAAGUCAGAUGGAAGCAGAGAAACAAAAGGAAGAGGAGGAGAAAAUAGCCAUGGAGACAGGGGUCCCAGAGUUACUGAAAGCCAUGGAGUCAGGCCCUUGUCUUUUUAAGACUAGAGAUUGGUGGAGUUAUGAGUUUUGUUAUGGAAAACAUGUCCGCCAGUUUCAUAUGGAAGAUGGCAGAAUUGAAGGAAAUGUGAUCAUGUUGGGAUAUUAUGAAUCAGAGUUUGACUGGAGAAAUGAAACAAAUAUGGAAAUCAAAUCAAGAAAUAAAAAUCGAUUGAAUCGAUAUCACAGCCAGCAGUACAUCAAUGGCUCAAAAUGUGACCUUACAGGAAAAGCCAGAAAAACAGAAGUCAGGUUCCUUUGUGAGGAGGGUAGAGGUGAUUACAUAGCCAGGCUGGACGAGCCAGAGACGUGUUCCUAUGUAAUGACUAUUCACACCACCAAAAUAUGUCAUCACCCCUAUCUCAAACUCCCCACCCACCAGAAACCUGUCCCCAUCACCUGUCACCCCGCCGUGUCAGAGGAGAUCUAUCAGGACUACCUCAAGGAGGAGGAAGAAAAAAGAAUAAUGAAAGAGAAGCUGGAAGAAGAACAGAGAAUAGAAAAAGAAUUAAGAGAUGCAGAUGCUUUAUUCAAUUCAGAUGAAAAAAUUAUGGAUUCCAAAGUUCAAAAAGAUUUGCCACUCCCCAACUCUAUUAAGAAAACUGACAAUAGUCGCUCAUUUGAAUUCAAGGAUGUGUCAGAUUUAGGUGCUGACAUGUCUAAGAUUGAAAAACUUAUAUCAUCUGGACUGAAGGAUGACAUCGUUAAACUCUCGGAUCAGUUUGGAGGGCAAGAUGUAGAUAUGAAAAUGAAAGUGAAAGUAGUGAGAAACAUGGAUGACUUGGAGGAUAUGUUGAAGGAGGCUCAAUCUGAGGUAGAGAGCUUGGUGAAGAAGAAGAAGACGGAGGAAGAGGAAUCAACUGAAGAAGAAUCAAGUCCAGAGGGGGCUAAUAAACAGAAAGAUUCCACACUGAAAUUUGAGAAAAAGUCUAUUACAGAAAAGAUUCAAGACACAGUUAGUGAUAUAGACAAAGAACUAGAUGGGGUGGAUGAAAAAGUUCUUCAGUCUUUCAAAGAGAUCCAAGAUGAUGAUAUCAACAGUGUGCGAGAGAAAUUUACUAAAAAUAGGAAUAACUUGGCCAGCAUUAAGGAAUCUCUCAGGAAAACCAUGGAGAGUGAAUUUGAUGAGAUUAUUGAAGAGGCUGAAGAAGAGACAGGUAUAGAAUUAGAGGACAGAAAAGGAGCCCAGAAAGAGCUGAGUAAGACUUUAAAUAAACUCAUAGAAAGGCUGGACAAAACAGAGAAAGACAUUCUAAAUGUUGACAAAGAGCUUGAGAGGAUAUCAGAAAAAAAUGCUAAACUUCAACAAAAAUUAGACAAGGAAUUAGAUGAAAUAGCAAAAGGUCCAUCAAAAACAGAAGAGCUUUCAUCAGAUGACAAGUCUUCAUCGUCAUCUAAAUCAUCUUCAUCCUCUUUGUCAUCAUCUUCAUCAUUAUCACAAUCAUCAUCCAAAUCAUCAUCAAAGGAUCGUGUGAAGAUAAGAGUUACAAAAUUAACAAAGGGAGAAUUUCAGAAGAGUGCUAUGAAAAGUACUCCCCAGACCCAGAAGCUGGAGGAAGAUGUACAGGACCAGCUACAGAAGGCGGGGCUAGAUCUAGGAAAUGGAAAGAUUCAGGUGAAGAUAAUUACUGCUGGUUAUGUUGAUGAUAAAGACGAUGUUCAUCUACUGUCUGCAGAGGAUACCAGUGCAUUUAAAAAUAUGAUUGUCUCCAUUCUGGGCGGGGACCAUGAGGCAGCAGAGGAAGAGGUUCGACAAUCAAACAUGGAGUCAAACUACAACAAAGUCUGGGGUAAAAGUAGGAGGAAAUCCCCCGAGGUAGUUCCCUAAGCAGCCUACAGAAUCACACCACUCAGUGUCUUUCAUAAUUUUUUUUUUUUUAUUUUCUUGGUUGGUUAUUGGAUACAUUUUGUCUAUGGACAGGUUAAAAUUUAUUUAUUUUGAUGAUGAAAAUCAAAGUAAUUUUUUUUUGCCUGUGUGUAAAUGGAUAUGCAAGUGUAUUUGUGUGUACAGUGUAUAUGUAUAUGUUUUUUUGGUUAAGAAAGAGUAUGAGUUUGUGUCUUGAAAGUUUGCAUUAAAAUUUUGCAAGAAAUUACAACUAUACACACAAAAUAUGAAAGCAGUCAAAUCUCAGUUCCACUUACACAAAUAAAGUGACAAGACGUUUUGGAGAUUCUGAGGAGGGGUCAGAAUGAUGGAAUCAGUUCACCCAUCAAAUUACAUGUAUAUUUAUCUAUUGACCAGAGGUCAACUGCUUUAAAGUUUGUACAUGGCACAUAGUAAAUUUUGUAUGUAUUUUUCUUGAGAAUGGUAUACAUGAUGGGCAAUGGGGCAAUUUGACAAAGGAGUUUAUUUUUUCCUUGUUGCUAUUUAAUUAAUUCAACUGAAUUUGAAGGAUAUUGUGAUAUUUUAUCAAUAAUUAUAGAA